AACACUUUGUGAAAUCUCCUAGGCGGCGAAUCGAUAAUGUUUUGCGAAGGUCUUUUGCUUGCCCAAAAGUUUCUAAAUUUAAACAAUUUACAUAUAUAUAGCUGUCACAAGAAAUUUAUUUUUUUUGUAGCCACUUUAACAGGCUUUUGAGAUUAGUUCACUCGGUAAUUUUCAAAUUAAAGCUUAAAAAACAAGCGAGUAUCGUAUCAUUCCCAUAUUUUACAAGGUCCUGAAGGAAUAAGCGGUUUAAGAAAUCGAAGAUGUCGACGCCAAAUUUUCUUUUAAGUAACGGAAAAAAUAUGCCAAUGGUUGGUCUUGGAACAUGGCGGAGCCCCCCGGAGGUCGUCACUCAAGCGGUAAAGGAUGCCAUUGAUAUAGGAUAUCGCCACUUUGAUUGCGCCCAUAUAUACGGAAAUGAGGCACAGGUGGGCGCUGCACUUCGCGAGAAAAUAGAAGAGGGCGUGGUAACACGCGAUUCGCUGUUUAUUACGAGCAAACUCUGGAACACCCACCACAAACCGGAGUUGGUGCGAUCCGCCUGCGAAACAAGCAUGAGGAAUCUGGGAGUGGACUACCUGGAUCUCUACUUGAUGCACUGGCCCAUGGCCUACAAGUCGGGCGAUAAUCUGUAUCCCACUUGCCCAGAUACGAAUAAAGCUGUGUUCGAGGACAUCGACUAUGUGGACACCUGGCGGGCCAUGGAGGAUCUGGUGGAUACAGGACUAUGCCAGGCCAUCGGGGUGUCCAACUUCAAUGAGCAGCAGAUCACUCGGCUACUGAGUGUGGCGAAGCUAAAGCCAGUGGUUCUGCAGAUCGAGUGUCACCCGUACUUGAGCCAGAAGCCAUUGAUUACUCUGUGCUAUGAUAAUGCCAUUGCUGUGACUGCUUACAGCUGUCUGGGAUCAGGACACACGCCCUACGAAAAACCAGGUUCAUAUCCACUGCUUCAGCACCCGACCAUCCUGUCUAUAGCUGAGAAAUACGAAAGGACACCGGCACAGGUGCUCCUCCGCUAUCAAACACAAUCGGGAAUCAUUGUGAUCCCGCGAUCCGUCAGCAAACAGCACAUGAUGGACAACUUUAAGCGAAUCUGGGACUUUGGACUGGCCAUUGACGAUGUCAAGGCUAUUUAUGAUUUGGACUGUAAUGGUCGUUUUAUGACCAUGAAAGCGGCAUAUGGACACCCCCAUCAUCCGUUUGAGCCUGUACAGGCAAUAUAAAUAAAUUUCCCGGAGACGGUGUAAAAUGUGUUGAAGAUCUUAACAAAAAACAGGAAAUUGUCUUUUUGUUAAUCGGUUUUCUUGCAUGUAGUGUUGUGACCUUAAGGGUAAAAAAUCAUUUAAGCAUCUACCUCCGUAAAAGAUGGAAAAAAAAAUCAAGAAAUCAAGCAAGAAUUAUUGUUAGUAAUGUCUUAUUUGGUGAAAAUACUUAUUUUAAAAAUAAUGUCCUUUUAAGACUGUUUAAAAA